AUGUCCCACCACGUCCACCAUGUCUCACCACGUCCACCACACCCACCAUGUCCCACCACGUCCAUCACGCCCACCAUGUCCACCACGUCCACCACAUCCCACCAUGUCCACCACGUCCCACCACGUCCCACCACAUCCACCACCUCCCACCUCGUCCACCAUGUCCACCACGUCCACCACAUCCCACCAUGUCCACCACGUCCCACCUCGUCCACCAUGUCCACCAUGUCUCACCACGUCCACCACAUCCCACCUCGUCCACCACGUCCCACCACGUCCACCAUGUCCACCUCGUCCCACCACGUCCCACCAUGUCCACCACAUCCCACCAUGUCCAUCACGUCCACCAUGUCCUACCACGUCCACCACAUCCACCACAUCCCACCAUGUCCACCACGUCCCACCACGUCCACCACGUCCCACCUCGUCCACCACGUCCCACCUCGUCCACCACGUCCACCACAUCCACCACGUCCCACCACGUCCACCAUGUCCCACCAUGUCCACCACGUCCCACCAUGUCCACCACAUCCUACCAUGUCCACCACGUCCACCAUGUCUCACCACGUCCACCAUGUCCCACCAUGUUCACCACAUACCACCACGUCCACCAUGUCCACCAUGUCCCAUCACGUCCACCACAUCCAGCAUGUCCCACCACGUCCACCAUGGCCCAUCACAUCCACCACGACCCACCAUGUCCACCACAGCCCAUCAUGUCCACCACGUCCCGUCACGUCCACCACGUCCCACCACGUCCACCUCGUCCCACCACGUCCCACCAUGUCCACCACGUCCCACCACGUCCACCAUGUCCACCACGUCCCACCACGUCCACCAUGUCCCACCACGUCCACCACGUCCACCACAGCCCAUCAUGUCCACCACGUCCCGUCACGUCCACCACGUCCACCAUGUCCCACCAUGUCCACCACAUCCACCAUGUCUACCACGUCCCACCAUGUCCACCACAUCCACCACGUCCCAUCACGUCCACCACAUCCACCACAUCCACCACGUCCCAUCAUGUCCACCAUGUCCACCAUGUCCCACCACAUCCACCACGUCCACCACAUCCCACCUCGUCCACCACCUCCCACCACGUCCACCACAUCCCACCUCGUCCAGCAUGUCCCACCACGUCCACCAUGUCUCAUCACGUCCACCAUGUCCACCAUGUCCCAUCAUGUCCACCAUGUCUACCAUGUCCCACCACGUCCACCAUGUCCCAUUACGUCCACCAUGGCCCAUCACGUCCACCAUGGCCCAUCACGUCCACCACAUCCCAUCACGUCCACCACGUCCACCACAUCCACCAUGUCCCAUCACAUCCACCAUGUCUACCAUGUCCCACCACGUCCACCAUGUCCCAUUACGUCCACCAUGGCCCAUCACGUCCACCAUGGCCCAUCACGUCCACCACAUCCCAUCACGUCCACCACGUCCACCACAUCCACCAUGUCCCAUCACAUCCACCACAUCCCAUCACGUCCACCACGUCCACCACAUCCACCAUGUCCCAUCACAUCCACCACGUCCCACCACACCCACCACGUCCACCACGUCCACCACGUCCCAUCAUGUCCACCAUGUCCACCAUGUCCCACCACGUCCACCACGUCCACCAUGUCCACCACAUCCCACGAGAUCCACCAUGUCCCACCAUAUCUGUGA